CUCGGCUGGAUGCUGUUGGCUGCUGAUGUUAUUGGGAGAGUGCAAUGUUGUGCCCACCGCCGUUGGAAUAAAUAAAACCGUGGGAAUAAAGGUGAUUUUGCUCAUCAUCUCCCACCGCUUUCUCCUCCCGUCUUCCAUUCAUGAGCAGCGUGGCUGAGUUUAACAGCGGCAGCCAUGGAUGACAAGGGCUCGGUGGGGAAGAUUAGCGUGUCCUCGGACUCAGUGUCCACCCUCAACAGUGAGGACUUUGUCCUUGUGUCCCGGCUGGGGGACGAGACACCCUCCUCCACUAAUAAUGGUAGUGAUGACGAAAAGACAGGACUGAAGGUGAUUUCUGAGGAAGGGGUCAGCUUUAAGAUUGUGGGGAAUGGGAGUGAGCAGCAGCUCCAGAGAGAAUUAGAGGAUGUCCUCAUGGACCCCUCGGUAGCCGACACUGGACUCAGGUCAGAAGCAGGAAUGGAGACCCUCGGAGGAGAGGGCGACCGUGGCUCUGUUGCCACGACAGCGUCACCCGUAGCACCGGGCUCUGACCCUCUGAGCGCUCCCCCACCCAAGCUGGAGAUGGUGCUUCCUGUUCAGACGGCACAGGAGAGCGAGUUGAACGAGAGGUCGUACCGAGCAGAUGAAUCCUCAUCAGAGGGCAGUCCUAGCAGUCCCAUCCCAGAUGAAGACAGCGUUGUGUUCAGCCAGCUGACAUAUCUGGGCUGUGCCUCGGUCAACGCCCCCCGCAGUGAGUUGGAGGCCCUCCGUAUGAUGAGUAUCCUCAGAGGGCAGUGCCAACUCCCCCUGGACGUCACACUGUCUGUGCCAGGCGUGUCUGAAGGCACUGUCAGGUUGCUGGACCCCAACACCAGUACAGAGAUCGCCAACUACCCGAUAUACAAGAUUCUGUUCUGUGUGCGCGGCCAUGAUGGCACACCAGAGAGCGACUGCUUUGCCUUCACUGAGAGCCACUUCAACGCCGAGAUCUUCAGGAUCCACGUGUUCCGCUGCCAAAUCCAUGAAGCGGUGAGCAGGAUAUUGUACAGUUUUGCCACGGCGUUUCGGCGCUCAGCGAAGAAGGCGGUUCUUUCCUCUCAGCAGCCGGCGCCGCUCACGCCUGACAGCGACUUGUUUACCUUCACCGUCAGCCAGGAAAUCAGAGAGGAUGAUGGCAAGGGUACUUUCAGUGCUGUAGCAAAGGACAAGGACAAGCAGAGCUUCAAGCUGCGUGCAGGAAUGGACAAGAAAAUUGUCAUUUAUGUCCAACAAACCUGCAAUAAGGAACUGGCCAUUGAAAGGUGUUUCGGUCUCCUGCUCAGCCCUGGGAAAAAUGUGAAGAACAGCGACAUGCACCUGCUAGAUCUGGAGUCGAUGGGAAAGAGUUCCGACGGGAAGUCUUACAUCAUCACAGGAAGUUGGAACCCCAACACGCCUCAGUUCCAGCCUGUGAAUGAGGAAACGCCCAAAGACAAAUUCAUGUACAUGACGACAGCAGUGGACCUGGUGAUCACAGAGGUGGAGGAGCCGGUGCGCUUCCUGCUGGAGACGAGGGUCAGAGUCUGCUCCCCAAAUGACCGGCUGUUCUGGCCCUUCAGCAAGCGUAACUACACUGAGACCUUCUACCUUAAACUACGACAGAUGGAGCGUAAGGAGCGUAAGAGUCCUGCCUCUGACACACUUUAUGAGGUGGUGAGUUUGGAGAGCGAGACAGAAAGGGAGAGACGGAAGACCACGGCGAGUCCCGACAUCAUGCCCACAGGUACCACGGUCCCUUCUCCACCUGAGGAUGAUGAAGAGGAAGAUAAUGAUGAGCCGUUACUCAGCGGCUCAGGUGACGUCUCCAAGGAGUGUGCAGAGAAAAUACUGGAGACCUGGGGGGACUUGUUAACAAAGUGGCAUUUGAACUUAUCAGUGCGUCCCAGGCAGCUGCCAGCUUUGGUGCGGAGCGGCAUCCCUGAGGCGCUCCGUGGGGAGGUGUGGCAGCUCCUGGCAGGCUGCCAUAAUAAUGACCACCAGGUUGAAGAGUACCGCACUCUCAUCACAAAGGAGUCCCCCCAGGACAGUGCCAUCACCAGGGACAUCAACAGGACAUUCCCAGCUCACGACUACUUCAAAGACACUGGAGGAGAUGGACAAGACUCCCUCUACAAGAUCUGCAAGGCUUACUCUGUGUACGAUGAGGAGAUCGGCUACUGCCAGGGACAGUCCUUCCUGGCUGCUGUGCUGCUGCUGCACAUGCCAGAGGAGCAAGCGUUCAGUGUGCUGGUCAAGAUCAUGUUUGACUACGGGCUCAGGGACCUUUUCAAACAGAACUUUGAAGAUCUGCAUUGCAAGUUCUUCCAGCUUGAGAGACUCAUGCAGGAAUAUUUACCAGACCUAUACAACCACUUCCUGAAUGUGGGUCUGGAGGCUCACAUGUACGCCUCUCAGUGGUUCCUCACCCUCUUCACAGCCAAGUUCCCUCUUUACAUGGUUUUCCAUAUCAUCGACCUGCUACUGUGUGAGGGCAUCAGUGUGAUCUUCAAUGUAGCCUUGGCACUUCUGAAGACAUCUAAAGACGAUCUGAUCCAAACAGACUUCGAGGGUGCACUCAAAUUCUUUCGUGUCCCAGUUCCGAAGAGAUAUCGCUCUGAGGAAAACGCGAAGAAGCUGAUGGAGCUGGCCUGUGGCAUGAAGAUCAGCCAGAAAAAGCUGAAGAAGUUUGAGAAGGAGUACCACACCUUGAGGGAGCAGCAGGAGCAGCAGGAGGCCCCCAUUGAGAGAUACGAGCGGGAGAACCGUCGUCUGCAAGAGGCUAACAUGCGUCUGGAGCAGGAGAAUGACGACUUGGCACACGAACUAGUCAGCAGCAAGAUAGCCCUGCGGAAAGACCUCGACAACGCUGAGGAGAAGGCAGACGCACUGAAUAAAGAGUUGCUGCUGACCAAACAGAAACUGGUGGACUCUGAGGACGAGAAGAGGCGACUGGAGGAGGAAUCUGCCCAGCUGAAGGAGAUGUGCAGGCGAGAGCUCGAUAAGUCUGAAUCGGAGAUAAAGAAGAACGGCUCCAUCAUUGGAGAAUAUAAGCAGAUCUGCUCCCAGCUGAGUGAACGACUGGAGAAACAACAGACGGCCAACCGAGGGGAGCUGGAGAAAAUCAGGUUCAAAGUGGAAGGCUGUGAGAAGUGCAGUAGUCUUUUCAACAAAGAAGGCCGUGUGCGGACUGUGAACACAGCGUCUGCGGGGGGGUCUGAGGAGCAAGAUGAGGAGAAGGAGGGUCUGAAGAUCCAGCUGCGAGAGAUGGAGCUGGAGCUGGCCCAGACCAAGCUGCAGUUGGUGGAGGCUGAGUGCAAACUCCAGGACCUGGAGCACCACCUGGGUCUGGCCCUGAACGAGGUGCAGGCCGCCAAGAAGACCUGGUUCAACCGAACGCUCAGCUCCAUCAAGACCGUCACGGGGAGCCAGGGCAAGGAGACCGCCUAACCUGAUAACCCCCUCCCCAGUUUUACCCAGACCAUGUGUGGAGCUCCCCACACUGAAACCUGCGGGCACAUAACUUAACCCACCGACUUUAACUUGAACAUUGACCGUUAAAUCCAAGGACGUCCAUUACUACGGACUGUGUUUCUUGUUCCUCUUAUUAAGAAUGUCGUCAUGCAUAAUCCCCAUCCAUUAUCCCCCCCCCUCCACCCCAGAUGACUACAGCCAAAUGUGCUGCUGAGAAGGGGCAGAAACUUUCCCCAGAGACACCAUGUGCUUCCACCGGUCACAGAAAAAAAGCUUCAUUUAUUUCUGUCUUUGUACUGCUGAUGAUAAAGACCCGCAGAAGAAAGGCAGGACAUCUAAAGAGUUACUGUCCUGACGGGAUAGAGAAGAAAACACUCCGUCCUUCCUCACUCUUCUGCACGCUCCCCUCUAAACUACUGGCACAACCAGGCCCUGUCAAAUGUUCCUUUUAGGUACGAGAGCUAAUAGACGCCUUUUCAAAACUGAGCUUUUUUCUAAUUUACGUUGAAAAUCACCUUUUUGUUUUCUAUGUAUGUACAUGAAUGUGCUUAUGUAAUGAGCAUAUGUGUGUAUGUGUAAGCACGCAUGUUUUGUGUUGACUAUGGGGUGGAUGUGAGACUGAAAAUAUGUGUUUGAAUGCAUAAAUAAUAGACUGAAGUAACGUUAAAGUGUGUAUAAGAGGAAGAGGGAGACAAUGUGUGGAAAGGGAAAGAAAAAAGCACUAAGGUUAUGAGUGUGUGUGUGCAUGCAUGUAAGGGGAACGAGUGUUUCCCUGGUUGUCUAGUUUCCUUUAUUGUUUAAAUGUGCAUAUGAAUGAUGCUGAAGAAAGGUUCGCUGACAAAGCCUUGAUCAGAAGGUUGAUAACAUUGAAACUAGUGGAUGUGUGUGAAUAUAUAAAUUACAGUCAAUUUUCCUCACAUCAAAUAUCUGACAUUUAACAUGCUUGAGGUUUGUUUGGUUUGGAUGUCCCAGCACAAAGAAACUAAAAAAAGCUCCAAACCGUGCAAACCUUCUCAUGUAGUAUACAGUUUGUGUAUUUAUGUUACAACACUGUUAAAGUGGUGCAAUGCUUUUUCAAACCCUAAACAUCACUUUGUGGACGUCAAAAUAGAAAGGCCACGCACAGGACGUUGCGAUUCCUGCUGCACUUGAACACACCUUCAACCCCCCCUGCUGUCAGGCCCAGCUGCUCUGUGACCUUCGACCUCUGAACUUGACAGGCAGGGUCAUGUGUGGUACUUCAUCGAGCAGGACGGUUUUGUUUUUCACACUUCAGUCGGAUAUUUGGGUUCUCUUUCACCACUACACACACUGAAUUACACUGUUGGUUUUAUAUAUUGGCAGAUACAGAACAAACACACAGUGGAUGAUUUAUGUGGGACACCUGCUUCUAUUUCCGUCAAACAUGAGGACAAUUUCUAAUUGUUUGGUCACUUUCUAGCAAAGAAUAGUAUGAUGUUGGAUCGAAAAGAUGUAAUGACUAUUAUAGUGUGAAGAUCAGCAACACUUUAACAGGAGGGCCAUAUGACAGAUACGUACAGCAGUGUAAGCAUGAUUAAUGGUUGAAAAAUGCUAAAUGGUGCAACAAAUGCUAGUUUCUUUUGUCCCAUGCUGAUGGUAGAAAGCAAAGAAAGUAAUUAAAAGCUUGUUUCCUGUGUUGAGUCAAA